AUUAAAUAAUNAUCAGUUAAUCUUAAAAUAUCUAUUUGAUAAGGUUGAUUAUCAACAAUAUUAGGUUAUUUCUGUAAAUUUAAUGUCAAACACAAAUAUUUGAAUGUUAAUUAUAAGCUUGAUGAAUACUUUUAUUUUAAAAUAAAUUCAAAUUUAUUUAUUUUAAGAUUUUUAUAUAUAUUUUCAAAACAUCGAUUGAAAAUGUAAUCUCUCUUUGUCAAGUGUUAAAAAUGUUAACAAAGACCUGCUACGAUUAAGUGUAACUAAUGUAGAUAUGGUCAAACUUACAGAUUAUGCUAUUCAUGCGAUUCUUAAAUACAUAAUAGAACAGGCCCUGUUGAUCAAUAACAUAAAACAGAAAUCAUACCCUAUUAAGGUAUAACAUAAGAAUAAUCCAAACUUUAGAAAUGUAUUAGAAAAACCAAGUAAAUGUGCCUGUUCCUUAAAAAAAUGACUAAAGAAAUUCAUUCAAAAAAAAUGAUUACAAACCUUAACCUUAAGUUCCUACAAAGGAGUAUUUAAACAAUGAGUCUAGAAAACCUGAUUACUCUAAAACCAUUGAUGUUAAUAGAGUCAGCAAUAAACAUGAUUAUUUGGAUAAAAAAAUUGAUAGUCAUGAUAAAAGAGCAGAUUAACAAUAUCUCUCAAAUGAUAAAAGACCUUACUCUUCUAAUUAAAAAAUCACUUCUGAUAAUGAUAGAAAUAGUUAAUAAUUAAUUAACUAAUUAAAAGAGGAAUAAUAAUAAACUGAAAAAUUAAGAGCAGAAUUAUCAUAAGCUAAUUAAAAAGAGAGAGAAGCAUAAAGAAGAUUGUAUUUUUAUUUUAGUAUUUUAGAUAAAAAUUAGAAUAAGAAUUUGAACUCAAAAUUAGAGAAGAUAAAUUAAAAAUUUAACAAUUAACUGAUGAAAAUAGAAAUUUAAAUACAAAAUUAAAUUAAACAAAUAAACAUAUACAAGAAGAAGUAAAUAAAGUCAGAAAUUAAUAUGAAGAUUAGAUAAAUGAAUUAGAAUAAAUUUUAAAUGAAAAAAAUUAAUAAUUAGAAAGUAUUGCUUAAGAAUAUAAUUUGGUAACAAUUUUUUAUAAAUUUAUUAGGAAGAAUUACAAUAAACUCUUAAUGAGUUACAAUAAGAAUCUUCAAUGAAAGAUUAAAUAAUUGAACAAUUAUAAUAAAAUUUACAUGAUAAUUAAGAAGAAUUCUAAUAAUUAAAGGAAGAAUUAAUGAAUAAUUCUAAAAAAAAUUUAUAAUCUUCGAAUAAGAAAUCGGUGAAAAGUAAUGAUAAUCAAAAAGAUGAAAUAAUUUAGGAAUUAGGUUAAUAAUUGGAAGCAAAAGAUGAAGAAAUUCAUAAAUUAGAAGGUAAUAUAUAUAUAAUAUUUAUAAAUUUAAAGAUUUAAUUGAAAAUUUUAAGUAAUUGUAUUAACAUAUGAGUGAUGAGAAAUAAUAACUUUAAGAAGAGGUAGAAAAAUUAGCUAAUGAGAAUAAUUAAUUUAGAGAUAUAUUCAGUGUAAUAAUAAUAAUUGAUUAAUAGCAAAAUCUUCAUCUUUUUGGAAUAGAUCCUGAAUAAUUAAAUGAAGAAGGAGAAGAGGGUGAAAAUGAAUAUCCAGAAGAGAUUGCUGAAGAAAAUGAUGAUCAAAAUGAUUGA